ACUUGACUUGCCCCCGCCACAAUGGACGUGUCGGCGAUUCUUGCCAAGGCUAAGGCCAAGUACAAGUCAACGGAUGUGGAGAAGGAGUUCCCGUUGGAGAUGGACCUGGGCAAUCUGACGGCAUUUGAUACCACGCCCAUCGAGUCGAGGUCAAAGAAGGCACUGGAGGAGCUCUCUCGGGAUAAUGUGCAGCUGAUGGUGAAUGCCCUGUUUGAGCUGCCGUCCAAGUCGCAUGAUCGGGCAACGCUGGUGGAGCUGCCGGAGAAGACGACUCGCCUGCCGCGGGCACGCAAGGCGCCCGAGCCCCGCAAGCCGACCCGGUGGGAGGAGUUUGCCCGGAUCAAGGGCAUCAAGAAGCGCAAGCGGAGCAAGAUGGUGUUCGACGAGGAGGUUGGCGACUACAUCCCGCGGUACGGAUACAAGUCCAAGGCCGACAUGGAGGCCAAGUCCGAGUGGGUGGUCGAGCUCAAGGACGGCGACAACGCCACGGCUGAGGAGGUCUUCUCGCGGCGCAAGAAGGAGAAGAAGGCGCGGGUGGAGAAGCAGAAGAAGAACGAGGAGCGCAACAUGCUGCGCAAGGCCGGCAAGUCGCUGGCAGGCUCGUCGGGCGUUGUCCGCACCAAGCGCGGCAAGAAGGGCGGCAAGUCGAUCCCGCAGGGCGAGCUCGUCACCCAGAUGCACGGCGAGAAGCUCUCCACAGACCAGCUCCGCGCAGCCAUCUCCGUCCAGGCUGUCUCCACGGCCUCGUACGGCAAGUUUGACAACAAGGUCCGCAACCAGCGCAAGUCCAAGCUCAAGUCGGCCAAGCGCCGGAAGCUGCCCGUCACCGGCGCCGAGGGCGUCGAGAAGGAGAAGCUGGCAAAGGUGGCUGACCGCGUCGUCAACAAGAAGGUCAAGGUCAACGACGGCAUCGACAUGUCCCGCGCCGUCAACAUGUACCAGGUCGCCCACGACCGCGAGCGCCAGCGCCUCAAUGAUCAUACCUUUAAGAUGCGCGACAAGCAGCAGAAGAUGUCCAAGCGGGCCAAGCGGAAGUAAAAACAAGAGUUGCGAG